AAUGUCAAAAAAUCAAACCCCCAGAUUUUCGUGACCAACACUGGCGGUCCGACACUGAUAUAGUUUUUCAUCAUAAUUUGUCAUCGUUAUGAAUUUGUUUUCAGUGUUCUUGUAAAAAAUCAAAACCAAGUUGCAAAUAUAUUUUUGAUCGUCUGUAGUAUUUAAAAUUUCGCGGUAACCAGAAAGUCGUAUAAUAUAAUAUAAUAAAACAGAAAUUGUGUAGUUUAAAAUGUCGACUCAACCACACAGCAGAAAGCGUGUAUGCUACUAUUAUGACAGCGAUAUUGGAAAUUAUUACUACGGACAAGGACAUCCUAUGAAACCACAUCGCAUACGUAUGACUCACAAUUUGCUUCUCAAUUAUGGACUCUAUAGGAAAAUGGAAAUUUAUAGACCCCAUAAAGCUACAGCAGAAGAGAUGACCAAAUUUCAUUCAGAUGAUUAUAUUAGAUUUUUAAGAUCAAUUCGUCCAGACAAUAUGUCAGAAUACAACAAACAAAUGCAGAGAUUUAAUGUUGGAGAAGACUGUCCAGUAUUUGAUGGCUUAUAUGAAUUUUGUCAGCUAUCUGCUGGGGGAUCUGUGGCAGCUGCAGUAAAACUGAAUAAACAAGCCUCAGAAAUAUGCAUUAAUUGGGGAGGUGGACUUCACCAUGCCAAAAAAUCAGAAGCUUCAGGGUUCUGUUAUGUCAAUGAUAUUGUAUUAGGAAUAUUAGAACUUUUAAAGUAUCAUCAACGUGUUUUGUAUAUUGAUAUUGAUGUCCAUCAUGGAGAUGGUGUUGAAGAAGCUUUUUAUACUACUGAUAGAGUCAUGACUGUUUCAUUCCACAAAUAUGGAGAAUAUUUCCCAGGUACAGGUGAUUUACGAGAUAUUGGUGCAGGAAAGGGUAAAUACUAUGCAGUGAAUAUCCCUCUGAGAGAUGGAAUGGAUGAUGAAGCAUAUGAAAGUAUAUUUGUACCAAUUAUAAGUAAAGUUAUGGAAACUUUUCAACCUAGUGCAGUAGUUUUACAAUGUGGGGCAGACUCUUUAACAGGAGAUCGUCUAGGUUGCUUUAAUCUGACAGUGAAGGGCCAUGGCAAAUGUGUUGAAUUUGUAAAAAAAUAUAACCUACCAUUCAUGAUGGUAGGAGGGGGCGGCUACACCAUCAGAAACGUUUCUAGAGCUUGGACUUACGAAACAUCAGUUGCGCUUGGUGUAGAAAUUGCAAAUGAACUUCCUUAUAAUGACUAUUUCGAAUACUUCGGACCUGACUUUAAACUUCAUAUCAGUCCAAGCAAUAUGGCUAAUCAAAACACCCCCGAAUAUUUAGAGAAAAUUAAAACAAGACUUUUUGAAAAUUUGAGAAUGUUACCUCAUGCCCCUGGUGUACAAGUACAGGCUAUUCCAGAAGAUGCAAUUAACGAAGAAUCUGACAAUGAGGAUAAAGUUGAUAAAGAUGAACGGUUGCCACAGAAAGAUUUAGAUAAAAGAAUUGUUCCUGAAAACGAAUUUUCUGACAGUGAAGAUGAGGGAGAAGGAGAUAGACGAGACAAUAGAAGUUACAAAGGUAGAAAACGUCCACGGUUAGAUAAAGGAGGAGAAAACAAAGAAGAGGAUAAGAUUAAAGAUGAAAUGAAAGCAGAAAAAGGUGAAGAAGGAAUUAUGAAGUCCAGUCCUGAUGACACAAAAAAGCUUUUGGGACCAACUCCAUGACAUCGUACUAAUUUAAUCAUAUAAUUCCAGUACAUUAUUGGAGUUUAAAACAUUUUUAUAGUAACUUCUAACUGUGUACAGUUUGUAUUUGAUGUUUAUACAGUAUGUGACUUUUGUAUAUACUUUUCUUAGUGGCAAACAAUAUUUUUUUAAGUAGACAUCAAUAGUUCAUUACAAUGUUUGCUGUCGCGCCAUUUUAAAAGAUUAAGUCUGUUUACAAGGUUUGUUUGUUGGGCAUGUCUGUCACAGAUCUACAUGUGCACAUUGUUUUCCGAGUUAAGAGUAUGAAAAUGUAAAAGAUAACAACAUUUUGAAACGAAUUCCUGAUAUGUUCAAGAAGCAUAACAGUGGAAUAUGGGAAUGGCAGCUCCAGUUGGACUGCUCUCAAAGAUAUAACGAACAGUUGCCUGAGGAUUAGCUGAAAAUUCCCCCUCAUUUCCAAGCAAGAAGUCAACCUUGGAAGAACUGACUGCCAGAUAAGGAAAGAGUAAACGUCUAUUUUUAGGGAACGAUAACGACAUUUUGAAACGAAUUCCUGAUAUGCUCAAGAAUGCUCAAAAUGUAUUCUUUUUUGUACUUUUUGAUAAAUAUAAACUGAAUUUUUCCUCUGACAUGUAUAUUGUCUAAAUAAAAGCGUAGAGUGAAAAAUGCUUUACAUUUUUAGUAAUUUUAUUUUUGUUAUUCUAUUAGUUUUUUAAGAGUUUAGAGUUUUAGAGUAACUACUUUAAGAGUUUGGCUAUGUCAAGUGAUUUGCUGUAGUUGACUUCGUUGUUGGUAAAUUUUGAACAACAUUUUCCUAUGGAAUAUGUCUGGCAUUUGUUUUCAUGCACUAAAUCAGUUUUCUUCUUUUCAGUUCUGGGUAAUAAAUUAUCAUACGCUUUUUUCAAAUGUAUGUCAAUCGACUUUCUGACAAAAGCAUCGGAAUACUGAAUUUCAGCUUGUACUUUACGAAACAUCAAAUAUAAAAUAUUUUUAAUUAUAGCUGUGACUAUUGUCGUGUCUAAAUUCUUACUCAGAUAUGCUGUAUCAAGAGUAGAGUUGUUGGAAUACCAAAUGUUUCUGGGAUUAGGGAUGACUGACCAAUUCUGGAUAGACUCCUCUCGAACAAACCUGGAAUAACAUUUAAACUUACACUACGCACAUGGACUUUUUAUUUUAACAAAUGUAUUCAUUAAUGAUAAUCAUAAACACUUUUUUUAUAUUGUCGAUUGUAUCCUAAGAUCUCUUUUUCAAUGUAUGAAUGGAACUGAAUAGAUAAUAAUUUGAUUUGA